AGACGAAAAAAGUGAACAAAACCCUAACACUCCACAAUGACAGCAACCAUCGUAUCCUAUGCUGUGUUGUGCCUCUGUAUAUAUAACCCAAAGCAAACCCUAAUUGCUUGCACCGCUCACACACACGCACAUUCUCAAGCCACCUCACUACACACUUUCUUUCUAUUCGAACCUUCCCCUCUUAAAACCCUCUUCCAUUUCUUCACCGAUUCAUCAGUCAAAAACCCUUUUCGGUGGUAACUGGCCUGUUUGGAUGGCCCAUUUGGAUAAAGUUUCGUCUUUUUAGCCUGUGUAAUUCAUUUGGGGUUUUUCGAUUUUUCAGAAGCUGCUCAAAGGGGUUUAAUCAGGUGAAGCUAUAACCAUGUCGGAGGAUGAGAGGGAAGAGAAGGAGUUGGAUCUUACAACUCCUGAAGUGGUCACUAAGUAUAAGAGUGCAGCUGAGAUUGUUAACAAGGCUUUGCAGUUAGUUGUUUCAGAAUGUAAACCAAAGUCUAAGAUUGUAGACAUUUGUGAAAAAGGGGAUAGCUACAUUAGAGAGCAAACCGGUAACAUGUACAAGAAUGUGAAGAGGAAGAUUGAGAGGGGAGUUGCUUUCCCAACUUGCAUUUCUGUUAACAACACUGUGUGUCAUUUUUCUCCACUAGCCACUGAUGAAACUGUGUUGGAAGAAGGUGAUAUUUUGAAAAUUGAUAUGGCUUGCCAUAUAGAUGGAUUUAUUGCUGCCGUGGCGCACACUCAUGUUCUGCAGCAAGGUCCGGUUACCGGACGGGUGGCUGAUGUAAUUGCAGCUGCAAACACUGCUGCUGAAGUGGCCUUGAGACUUGUAAGGCCGGGAAGGAAGAACAAGGAUGUAACUGAUGCAAUUCAAAAGGUUGCUGCCGCCUAUGAUUGCAAAAUUGUUGAGGGUGUUCUUAGUCACCAAAUGAAGCAAUUCGUGAUUGACGGAAACAAGGUUGUGUUGAGUGUAUCUAAUCCGGAUACUAGGGUUGAUGAUGCUGAGUUCGAGGAAAAUGAAGUUUAUGCUAUUGAUAUAGUUGCAAGCACCGGAGAAGGCAAGCCUAAGCUUUUGGAUGAGAAGCAGACAACUAUCUAUAAGAGGGCUGUUGACAAGAGCUAUCACUUGAAGAUGAAAGCAUCGAGGUUCAUUUUCAGCGAAAUUAGCCAAAAUUUUCCAAUCAUGCCAUUUUCUGCUAGGGCUUUGGAAGAGAAGAGAGCUCGGUUAGGUUUAGUUGAAUGUGUGAAUCAUGAACUCUUGCAGCCUUAUCCUGUUCUUCAUGAAAAGCCUGGUGAUUAUGUUGCGCACAUCAAAUUCACGGUGUUGUUGAUGCCAAACGGAUCAGACCGCAUCACAUCUCAUGCGCUCCAAGAAUUGCAGCCGACCAAAACGAUCGACGAUCCUGAAAUUAAGGCCUGGCUAGCAUUGGCCACAAAGACAAAGAAGAAGGGUGGUGGAAAGAAGAAGAAAGGUAAGAAGGGUGCUGAAGCUGAGCCCAUGGAAGAGGAGGCAACAAAUGGUGCCACACCCCAAGAAUGAGAUCUGCUCCUCAAAAAAGGAAAAAGAAAUAUUGUUUUGAUUUCUCAUUUGAUGUCUAAAAAUUUUCUACCGUGUUGUAUGACAUGUGCUUGAAUGAGAAUUUAGUAGUGUUCGAUGUUCAGGAUAAA